CCGAGAUUCAACACCCCUCCCCCAGUAAAAACUUGUUACAGAACUGCAUACGCACCGAAAUGGCUCAAACUUUAUCUUUCAAUGUCCAUUUUAAUGGAUGACGGCAAGACGGCAAGAUGGAUCCAAAAUUAGCAGCCGUGCUAGCCGGGCCUAGGCCGACACAGCUGGUUGCGGGAUUGCGGCGGCAGGUCCACUUUAUUAGUCCACCCUUUUCCAGGAAGUCGGCCCCCAGCCAAACCUUACCUCGCCGCAGACCCAAGCGACGUGUUCCAAGGACGGCUCCAGCAACGGCUCGACAUGACACGACACAGCACAGCAGCACAAUAUGGCAGGCGUGGAUGAGUACGGCCUCAGCGUCGCCCGCACCCGCGGCUUCAGGCUGGUCGUCCUGGCCGGCGCCGCCGUCAUCGUCAUCUGGGUGCUGGGCACUUCGCGACUCUUCAGCUCCAGCGCCAGUUCGACCUCCCGCCUCAUCCCCGUCGGCACCGGCGCAAAGGGACAGAAGAAUGCACACACAACCACCGACACAACCACGAGCCCGACCUCGACCGCGCCGCCACGGGGCCCGCCCAUAGUGGGCACCGGCGACGACUUCUUCGUGGUCGACGCCCUCCACCACGCCCUCAACCCCCCUCCGCCGCCGCCCCCUCCGCCUCCGCCUCCCCCGCCCAAGGUCCCCUUCCCGGACAACGUCGCCGUGAUAAUGGAGACGGACGUGGCGCGCGUCCCGAACCUGGUCCCCGUGGUCCUGCACUUCGCCAACGUCCUGGGGCCCAAGUGGCCCGUGGUGCUGCUGACGCGCAAGGACAAGUGGGUCGAGCCCGCGAGCCCAGCCUUCCGGCGCCUCAUGGCCGAGAGGCGCCUGCACAUCUACUUCCUGCCCGAGGCCACCACCUUCCCGGACCACCGCUCCGUCUCGGUCUUCCUGACCAGGCCCUGGUUCUGGGAGCAGUUUGAGAGCGCCGGCCGCGUGCUCAUGUUCCAGGCCGACAGUAUCGUGUGCGGCAACAGUGGGCGGUCCAUCAACGACUUCCUGGAGUGGGAUCUCAUCGGCGCACCCGUCGCGGCGCAGUAUGGCGUGGGCUACAACGGGGGCCUGAGCCUGAGGAAUCCGAAGCUGGUGCUUGAGGUCGUCAGGGAUCCUGCCAAUGACUUUGCGAAGGACUCUGCCGAUGAGGAACCGCCCGAGAAGGACGACCCUCCAAAGAAGGACCCGCCAAAGAAAGAGGAGCCACCCAAGAAACAAGAGCCGCCGAGCAAGCAAGGACCACCUGAACAACAAAAAGAAGCGCCCAAGAAGGAAGUUAAGCUGGUACCAGGCGACCUCAAGGGGGAAAACCAGGUCACUCGGCGGGAAGAAGAAGACACAGAAACGCCGCCGCGGGCCCCGAAACCAGUAUGGAUGAAGUUCGAAGACCAGUGGCUGUACAUGAAGAUGAAGGAGCGGGGCGCGAAGCUGCCGGACCAGGACGUCGCCGAGAAGUUCGCCGUCGAGACCAUCUACUAUGACAAGCCGCUCGGCUACCACCAGCCCUUCCGGUGGCUCAACGACUUCCAGAAGAAGCAGGCCAUGGAGUGGUGCCCUGAGAUCGGCAUGCUGCAGGACGCGUCGCACUUCUUCUAGUAAGGGACCAGAGGAGGACGUUUGGCUGUCAGGUGGCUCAUCUUUUUUAUUUUGCUUUUUUGUUAUCUGGUUUGAGGUUGGACCUCUUUUUUUUGUAGCAUUGCACGGCGUCAUGGGAAUAGAGUCUAGAAGAGCCAUCACCACUGGGGGGCGGCGGAUGUAUUGCUUGCUUGCUUGCUUGCUUGCUUGCUACACGCUGGGAAUCAGAGAAUCAUUUGCUCCACCCGCUUCGAAUCCACAGUCUGUCUUCAUCGUCGUCUGGUCCUUGCUAGUCCACAUACGACCCCGGAAUGCUCAAGGUACUCUGCAGCGGCGGUCUCGUCGGCGCCGGACGGUCCUCCCGACGAUCCCCAGUCAGGUGCACCGGCCUCGUGAGCACCACCGUCGCCCCGGACUUGGCCCUCGCCUGGGACUUGAGCGCCUCCUGGGCCCGCACGAGCCUGACCCUCGCCGCGGUGGGCGCCCGCAAUGGCCGACUGCCUGGGCUUGCCACGGCUGGAGGUGUUGUCGGGCCGGCUGACCCGUUCACAUCGUGCUGCACGUUGUGGUAGCCAUUGUCCCGCGAGCCCCUGGUCAGCGGCGGCCGGGCAGGCGGCGGGUAUGGCCCAUGACCUCUACCACUAUCACUGCUGCCACUGCCGCCGCCGACACCCCCUGCCGGCACCCAGUCCUCGGCUACGGUCGACAGCCGCGCCGCCCUCGACCUGUUGUUGCCGCCCAUGGGCCCCGGGCUCGGACCCACCCCGGGCGUCGACACGGGCGUCGUGGCCCCGCUCCCCGCCGGGCUGACCCACCCGGCCAUGGUCCUCAGGGCCCACCAGUCCUUGGCCCAGCCCCCGCCGCCUCCGGUCUCCGAACCUGUCUUCUCGGGGUCAGUGGUGUACUGCUGGUAUGGCUGCUGCUGAGGUGGCUGGUACUGUUGGUGCAUGUGCAUGUGCUGCUGCUGCUGCUGCUGCUGCUGCUGCGAAUACUGCGAAUGCUGCGGAUACUGCGGCACCUCCUUGGGCUCCGUGCACACCGGCGGCGGCAGCACGCCCGUCUUGACGGCAAUGUCACUCGCGGCCAGCGGCCGCGGCCCGCCGAUGCGCACCCUCGCCUCCGAGGUCUGCGAGGCCUCGCUGACCGAGUCGGCAAUCUGCCGCUUGGUCCUGUCGUCGAAGCGGUUGAACGAGUACGAGGCCGACGACUCCUUCACGCUGGACGGCGGCGCCCUGGGCCCUCCGAGGUGGCCCCCUCCUGCUGCUGCUGCCCCGCCAGAGGCCGACGCAUUGUGUGCCGCUGCGAUGGCCGCCGCGUGCUGGGUGUGCGAGUUUGGCCGCGAGCCGUGGAUGUUGUUGCUGUGGUGGCUGCGGGGCAGCGAGACGGCCGAGCCGCGCCGCGAGAUGCUGUCCUCUGAGGUGACCUCGGGCAUGGAUGCCAUGGCGGCCAUGAGGUCUGAGACGCGGCAGGUGACGACGCUCGGGGGGCGGGAGUAGCGUGAGGUGAUGUAGGGGAGGUCGAACGGCCGCGAUGCUUUUUCUGCGACGCAGUUGAUGAAGAUCAGUAUAGGGCUGUGAAUAAGGUUUCGCCUGUUAGCAAAUUUCCUCUCUCUCUUUUUCUCUCUCUCACUCGGUCCCUCUUCCCUUCAUCUUAUAUUUCACCCACCCCGUUUGCUCGUCUACCUGAUGCCCAGGCCCCCAGCCCAGCCUCCUGCAAUGAUCGACAUCCCCGGAUCAACCGGUGGGCCUCCCUCAGGGAUCUAGAUGAGGGGAUCCACAAUUCACGCUGCAUCACAAGCUUUGGCCACCUCGCAAACCCCCCUUGCCCCCCCUCUUCUUCUCCCCAAAAACAGCCCUGUAGGGCAGGCAGGCAGGCAGGUAAUCCGACAGGCAGGACUUACGUUGCAGAAGCACAGGCCACAAGAUUCACGCAGGCCACAGGCGACGGGCCCUUGGAUACCGAGACAGAGACGAUGAUGAGCGAGACGGCCCAGGCGAUGAGGUCGAUCCGGGCGACGACGAUGGCGGAGGCCUGGAGGGGCUGCUGGACGGUGGGAUGGUGGACGUGGCCGACCAGCUCACCCUUCCGCGCGGCGUGCAGGUGGAGGGCGACGUACAGGAAGCCCAUGAUUGACUGCUCAUGUACAGUUUGGGGUUAGCAGCCGGCCGGAACGGGAUCCUCACGGUGAUACGGCAUGCAUCAUGCAGCAGCAUGCAGGCCACAGGACUGCAGCCGUUUGUUGUCCCGUCUGCUGGCCAUGCAAGCGCCGUGUGAGAUGUGACGGGAACGUACCGAGAACAUGACCCAGCUCUGGCCGAGGCAGUCGUCCGACUCGACGUUGUGGCCGAAGACGAGCCCGGACGUGAGGAUGGUGAUGAAGCAGAAGAUGAGGAGCAGCACCAGGUUUGCGAGCACCACCCAGUGCAGCUUCGUGAUCGGGGCGUCCUGGGCCCGCCCCAGGACGUACGAGUCGCUGUCCUUGUCGUAGACAUAGUCGUAUGUGCUGGCUGUCGGUGAUGGUGAUGGCACAUCCAUGAUGCUGAGCGCUCAAUGGCUUACUUACAGGCCCGGCAUGUCGAGGGUGAGAACUUCAGAAGAUCAUGAGCACCCGGCCUCAGAUGCAGCGGCUCCCGUCAGCUCGAGAGAAGGCGAGACAGGCCGAGUGCUGCUGGUCCGGGGACGACGUCCCACAGGCUUGUUUUUCAUGUUGAUUUCAUUUCCGGAUCGAGUUCUCAGCUCGAGCCGUUGUGAGGUUGGAAAGUCGAUGCUCCUAGGAAAUGUCUUAGCGGGCGUAGGUGAGGGCGGAAGGGGUUGUGAGACAGAAGCAUUCCUAAGGGCGGCGUUGCUCACGCAGGGAGCCAGAGAACCGGCCCAUGGCCCGGCGGGAUAUCUACCUAGGUACACAGCAUAUAACGGGCGAGAGUCAAGCCAACGUCAUAAUACACCAUGCGUUUAUAUGCUGCUAAACUCUGAGGCAAGG